ACUUAUCAUGAAUUGAUAAAAGAAAGACGGCACGCAAUCAGAAAAGGCACCAACAUCUGAAUCGUCAACGAGUAUAAAACGGAAAGGCAUCAUUACCUCUUUGGCCGCCAAAGAGAAAAUCAUCCAAAUAGAGCUGUACCUGACCUGUGUUCGACCUUGGUGACGUAGCGCAGUCAAUGAAUCAUGAGCAAGUCUGAGAUCCCCAGAAGACUAGAUACACUAGCAAAACGGAAAGCCGCACGUGAUUACUCCCAGGCAGCCUACAAACUCCAUCAAGCUAGCAUGGAAGGGGAUCUGGCAGCUGUGAAUCGGAUCCUGGCAGCAGGUCUGGUUGACAUCAACAGUAGCAACAUCGGCGGGAGGACGCCGUUGAUGGAGGCAGCACGAUGGGGACGUAGUGAAAUAGUACAGUUUCUUGUGAGGAAAGGAGCUGAUGUUUCGCUUGUGGACGAUGACGGCAACAACACCCUUCACUGGGCUUGUGAUGGAGGAUAUAUGGAGACGGUGAAGUUUGUCCUCUCACAGAACAUGGCGGAAAUCAACGCUAGGAACGUGGAUAGGGAGACAGCGGCCGACAUGGCGAGAUUCUGGGGAUAUCAGGAAGUAGUGGAUCUCCUGGUGUCGAGUGUCGAUCAGUGAAGUGAUUGUAGUGUUUGUGUUGACAUUGAAGAAGGACAUGUUGUUACAGACAUUGACGUUGCGUGUGCCGUUCACGUCCUCGAGUUUUCCAUUGCAAACUUAGGUGAGAUUGUUUGUUGUUUUUGAGGAUCUCCAUGCAGGUAGCAGAUGUACUGUAAGAUCCCAUGGUCUCCAGUGUCGUCGCGUUACCUUGAUUACUGGCAAGCUAUACCAUUUUUUACAGUGUCAUGCUAGUUAUAAAUACAAAUA